AUGGACAUUUUGAAGCAACUCUUUGUUGCUCAUUCGGUAUCUAUCCAAGGGUUUGCAAUGGGGUGUCGGCCAAUCAUAGCUAUUGACUCCGCCCAUAUGAGUGGGCCAUAUAGGGGUGCAUUAUUUUCGGCGACCACAUACGAUGCUAAUGAUGCCAUGUUCCCCUUAGCCUUUGGCGUGAUGAGCUCAGAAAAUUAUGAUGAUUGGUCUUGGUUUUUGCAAAAUUUGAAGAAGCUUGUUGGAGAUAAGGAAGUCGUUAUUAUCUCGGAUAGACAUCCCGCUCUCCUUCGUAGUGUUCCUGAAGUGUUUGGGCUUGAAAAUCAUGCCUACUGUUACCGUCACUUGAAGGAAAAUUUCAGCUCUUUCUUGAGCAAACAUAACACAAGAGGGAACAAAGGUAAAGAAAAUGCACUCCAAUUCCUUGAUAGUAUUGCCUAUGCAAGGUUAGAGCACGAUUACAAUGUUUCCAUGAUUGAACUACGGAAAUACAAUGACGCUUUGGCCAAAUGGGUUGAAGAAAAUGAACCCGAACAUUGGGCUAUGUCCAAAUUCCCAAAACAAAGAUGGGAUAAAAUGACCACAAACCUUGCCGAGUCGUUUAAUGCUUGGCUAAGGAAUGAAAGACAUCACUCCAUUUGUACAUUUCUAAUGGAGCAUAUGGCUAAGUUAGGUUCUAUGCUUUUCAAACAUAAAGAGGAAUCAAACAAUUGGAAGGGAUGCAUAGGGCCACAAAUUGAAGAAAAAGUUCAGCAGAAAAUUGCCAAGGGUGAGGGGUUGGGAAAUGUUGGGCAUCCUUGUGAACAUGCGGCAGCCGUUAUUCUUUCCAUUGGUCAGAAUGUUGUUGAUUUUGUUCAAGAUUGGUACAAAUUCCCAAUGCAAGAGCUGAUUUACUCGGGCUCCUUCUCCGGUAUAGAGACCCAUGACAUGCCAAUGGUCGGUAAUGAUGGUUUGGUUCGAUCUAUCACCGGUGAAGUUUUCCUCUCUCUUAACCCACCCCAUACCAAGCGGCCUCCCGGCAGACCAAGAAAGAAGCGCAUUGAGUCCCAAUUUCAAGAUAAACGGACUGUCUCUUGCUCAAGAUGUCAUACUUCCGGGCACAAUAGGAAAACGUGCAACAACCCUUUGUCUUAA